AUGACAUCUGAAUACGCUCGCCGCGAGGUUAGCAAACGCCAGUAUGAUAGUCAAUGGGGGGCGCGCCGUCCCGAACCGCCCUCGGCACCCUGUGCCCUGCCCUAUGCCUUCCCUACUGAGCCGUUUCCCCAGCUCAACGACGACUUCAACCAGCUGCAGCUCACAAAGAGCUCAAGAACACGCACAUCGCCCGUCGUCACCCGCACGCGCAUCGCUAGACAUGGCUCCCAGCCAAAUCCCACUCGGCCCUCAUCUAGUGGGGGCGAGGUGCAUAUGGUGCCCUACCAGAAGUUCUCACCCUCUCGUCGCGCUGGGUCGUAUUCCCACCCGACGCCCCUGGAAGACUUUCGCAAGUCGAGACGAUGGCCCCCAAAGGGAUACAGAUCGGAGGAUGCAUUGGACCCAGCUGAAGCAGAUGACCUCAUCUGUGCAGGCGCAUCAACUUUCAAGGGAUACCGAGAUGCCAUAGCAAAUGCACCAGAUGGAUACAAUCGCUUUUACGCGGUUCUGGAAGCUGAGCAUCAGAGCCGAACCGAUCGCGCACACUUUCAGCAGCAGGCAUAUCGGGAUAUUUCGCUCAACAUGACGGGCACGCGCGAUGAUCAAUUCCCGUGGUCGUCUCAUGAGUACCCGUGCAUGGCUUAUGCGUUCGGAAAGAGUGCGGGUACUACAACGCUCAACUAUUGGGUGAGCAAGUCUGGAACAAGUCAUGCCCCCAUCAAGUUUGCUGGUGACGCCCAACCGCGAAAAAUUAAGCUCUUGCAAAUCCUCGACAGACUACAGAAGCUGGAAAGUGGACUCAAUGAAGAUGACCCGGAGGACUUGUACCACUACCUGUAUACCACGCUCAUCGAAGAUUCGGAACGAUACGAUGAGGAGCGCCGCCAUAUCCGGAUUGAUCAGCAGAUUACAGACCUCAUUACUGUAUUGAGCAAUCCGCAGUGGAUAGACUUUUCACAGCCUAGAAACCAGGUUGUAGCAAAGUUCUUUGACGCGCCCGAUCAGCGCAAGAAGCAAGAGUUCUUCCAUCAACUGUUGCUCUCUGUAGAACUGUACCUCCGCAUCCAUUCCAAGGGGCAUUCCGAAAAGUCCAAGCGCAAGCUGAUUUCGCAACUUCCUCCCAUGAUUACAUGGGAUUUGGCUGUGGCACAGCGGUGGCUUGAGAAUAUGGAAAUCACUAAAACGCGGACAUCGUCCACGCAAAGCACGUUCAGCUUUGAUCUCAAGAGUAAGAGUAGACAGAUAGAAGCUCUGCGGAUCUUUGCUGCGACCCUUAAAUGGCCCAACAUGGAUGAGAUCGAGUACAUUCUAGACGAGCGGGACCCGAAUGAAAAGGCCGUCGAAGACAGGUCUGCGGAUGCCAUGUCGUGGUUUUCGGGCAUUAUUUUGCCAGGUCGCACACUGCCGUGGCUCAUCAUGAAUAGUUUGAUCGACUGCGACCAGGAUACUGGCGACGCCCUCAAGUACCUUACGCACAUGCACCCGGCAUCUGGAUUUCAGUACCGUGCCAACACUUACUGGUCAGCCCAAUGCAUUGUUGGUAAAGUCCUAGGAGCUGCGCGUGGGGUGAAGCAAAUUGCAGGCUGGAUUGGGCCAUGCAUCUACACCCCUGAGCUCAAACGGACUGAGUGUGUCAAGAUUAGGCAGCUUGAGUCUCCAGAUCCAGUACUCAUACCGGUUGAUGUUGAAAGUAUGGAUGAUCGUACGAACCCUUUGGGAACGAUAGAGGACAGUUAUCCGAUCGAUGACUACGACAUACCCAUGCCGGAUACGGAAGACGUCACAGACCUGAUACGAAUGGAGAAGCUCCGUUUUGUACCUAUCAAAGAACGACCAGAAGGGGGCCGGGGUGCUUCUGGCCCACCAAUGGUCUUUGAUGCUGCGAUCUUAUUCGCUUGUGGUGGCGAGAGCUGGCCGAUGAAGCUACGGUACGACGUCAGUUUUAUCAAUGCCUUCCCUUGCCACCAAGGGCCUCAUGUGCUAUUCUAUGACUUUUCGUACAAAGCAAUCAAAAUUGAUGAAGGCCUCGUAGACAUCACGGAUUGGGGUCUGCAAUCCGGUCGCACACCUCGACCUACCUCGUCCAAGUCAUCACCCGGCAAGAAAGCACUGGCACUCAUGAAUGAGCAGAAGAAGAGCGCUCAUGAGCAGGUUACGAACGUGCUGGCCAUUGAGGCACUUGGUGUCAGUGACAACGAGGUAUUUGCGAGAGCUUGGUGCGCCCACCAUGGACACAGUGCUAUUGUUGCGAAUAUCAAAGAGACGUGCAUGGCUUGUGCUAUCAGAGAGGCAUAUGCAGCUUGUGUAUCAGUCGUCAUCCUUACCGAAGGCGGUGUUGUCAAGGAAAACGAUACUGAUCUCAGCGUGCUUGAAGAUUUCUAA